CGCCACUCCCCCUUAUUGGUGUCACCAUGGAGAUGGUUGCGGUGUGACGCUCCUGGUCCCCAGGAAGUAGCUCCAUCUGUAAACGCACGGGGAAAUGGACGAUAAUCUUCAACUCGGAGACAGUGGAGUUGUAAAGAAUGUUGCAAAGUUAGGUCGACGGGCUCGCCAGGCUGCAGAGCAAACAUCUUCAAUGGAGGAGUCUCGACACGUCAGAAAAUCCUCUUCUUCUACGUCGAUGGUAGAGGUACCCCCUCCUAAACCAGCCCGCAGGCAGGGCGGCUGGGCUGAGGAGACUUCUGGAUCUGGAUCAGCCAAGUCUGGAAGAAGGCCUGCCAUGGUGGAGGACGUGGAAGACCGACGCCUUCGACCACAAACCCCCCAGGGCUCGGAUGAUGAAGGAGAUAUUCCAGUUAUUCCAGACCUUGAUGAAGUACAAGAGGAAGACCUUACCAUGCAAGUUGCUGCUCCUCCAAGCAUCCAGGUGAACCGGGUAAUGACAUACAGAGAUCUGGACAAUGACCUCAUGAAGUACUCUGCCUUCCAGACCCUGGAUGGGGAGAUUGACUUGAAGCUCCUCACCAAGGUUUUGGCUCCAGAGCAGGAGGUGCGGGAGGAGGACGUGGGUUGGGACUGGGAUCGUCUGUUUACGGAGGUGUCCUCAGAGCUGCUGACGGAAUGGGAUCAAGGAGAGAAGGAGGAGUUAUGAUGUGUUAUGAUGACGAGCCUCCCCAGGAUGGGAUCGGGUGGACCAGGAUGCCUCCUCUGGGACCUGGGUGGGUGCAUGACAAUGCUCUGUCCAAACAUAGGGACCAUCAAGUAUAUGUAGCUUGUUGUUCAUAUUCCAAAUUCAUUGCACAAUGUAUUUAUUUUUUCUAAUAAAUUUAAACACGCCACA